AAUUCGAAUUUCAUCGAUGUAUAUUGCCCAACCUUAGUCCAAAGUUCAGUAAAAAGUCAAGAAACUUUGAUCUAUGCAUAAAUAUAAGAGUGAAUUGAAUUUUUAAGAAAAAAGUAAUUGAAAAUAAAUAUGAUAUCUAAUACUGGGAAACUUGCUGGAAAAACGUUAUUUAUUACAGGAGCAUCUCGAGGAAUUGGUAAAGCAAUAGCUCUAAAAGCUGCAAGGGAUGGUGCAAAUAUCGUAAUAGCUGCUAAAACUGCAGAAGUGAAUCCUAAACUGCCCGGAACUAUAUUCACAGCCGCCAAAGAAAUUGAAGAUGCGGGAGGAAAAGCAUUACCAUGUGUUGUUGACGUCCGCGACGAAAAACAAAUUCAAGAUGCUGUCAAGCAAGCAGUUGACAAAUUUGGAGGAAUAGACAUAGUUAUUAAUAAUGCAAGUGCAAUUUCACUUACUUCUACUCCACAUACUGAAAUGAAACGUUAUGAUCUUAUGCAUAAUAUUAACACUAGGGGAACAUUUUUAGUAUCAAAAGAGUGUCUUCCAUAUUUAUUGAAAAGUAAUCAUGCUCAUAUUAUGAAUAUUUCUCCACCUUUAAAUUUGUCACCAUUUUGGUUUAAAAACCAUCUUGCCUAUACUAUGGCAAAAUAUGGCAUGUCAAUGUGCGUACUUGGAAUGGCGGCAGAAUUCAAAGACAAUAACAUUGCAGUAAAUGCACUGUGGCCGAAAACAGCAAUUCAUACCGCCGCAAUUGAAAUGUUAACGGGUCCAGAAAGCGAUAAGUUCUCAAGAAAACCUGAAAUUAUGGCUGACGCAGCAUAUGCUAUUUUAUGUAAAGAACCUAAAGCGAUUAGCGGUAGAUUUUUGAUUGACGAGGAAGUUUUAAAUCAGGAGGGUGUUACAGAUUUAAAGCAAUAUGCAUGCCACCCUGAGAAUGCUGACAAAUUGAUGUUAGACUUCUUCCUUGGUGAAGGAGGUGACAGUCUCAAUUUUGAUCAAUCUAAAAAAUCAGUUACUUCUGGCGGAAACAAGCAAAAAAUUCCAUUUUUGUUUGAAAAAAUUAGAACUGUAUUAAGCGCAGAAAUAGUCACUAAAACAAAGGCUGUUUACCAAUUUAAUGUAUUAGGUGACGAAAAAGGCACAUGGUAUUUAGACUUGAAGGAAGGGGAAGGAAAAUGUGGAUCAGGAGAUCCACCAACAAAGGCUGAUGCAACUUUAACAAUGGAUUCUAAAGACUUUUUCAACAUGUUUACGGGAAAACUAAAACCGGCUAGUGCAUUUAUGUCUGGCAAAUUGAAAAUUAGCGGUGAUUUACAAAAAGCUAUGAAACUUGAAAAGUUAAUGGGUGGUUUGAAAUCCAAGUUGUAAGCAUGUUUUUUUUUAAAACUUUGUAAAGUUAUAUUUUUCAAAUAAAAAUUGUUAAAAAUGUAUAUUUUCUUAUAUACGUGCAUAUGCUGUAAAAUUUUAUAAAAAAUUUUUAAUGUAACUAAAUUAUAUUUUUAGCAAUAUUGUUAUUAUAACUUUUUUUAAUAUCUACAAAAAUUUUCAUGGCAUUUAAAAUCUUUACAAAAAAUAUAUACAUAUUUGUAUUAUUAUAAUUUUUAUAUUUACUUUACUGAA